AUGAGCGGUCCUCCUCCUCCUCCACCACCACCGCCCCCUCAUGGAACCAAUCCCAACAAUCGAAAUGGUCUACCCGAAGGUUCCUACGAUAUCUUUGUCAUUCCUCCCCACUCCUCCGGCGGUGGCUUCCUCUAUUUACCAUCGCUUCAGACGAACAGAAAUAGCUUCCUUGCAGGCGUGCUCUGUACGCUGGUUGCCGUGGUCUUUUGGACAAUUGUGCUGCCGGUCUUUCGGGAAUGGAUGUCAACAGUGGCGUCUGGUGGAGGUAUCUCCGUAUUUGUUCUCUUACUUGCAGCAGGUAUAGCAGGCUGGGCUUGGGGGAAGACUCAGAUGGAAUCGAGCGGGCCUUCAGGAAACAGCGCUGGAGGUGGUCCUCAGCCACAAGCUGGUGGUCAGACUGGCAGUCAAUCAGGCCCAGGGCCGCAGCCUGGGUUUACACCAGGCUUUACGCCUGGCUUUACACCAGGCUUUACACCAGGUUUCACUCCACAGCCUGAACCUAGGCCCCCGCCCACCUGGCAGAGAUCGAAAGCGGGAACCACAGGUGGAGCGGCCAACGCAGGGACUGCAAGAAGCGGAUGGGAAAAAGCGCGAGAGGAGACUCGCAAGAAAGAAGAAGAGCGGAAGAAGGCCGAAGACUUAAGAAAAAAGCGAGAAGAGGAUGAAAAGGAAAGGAUAAGAAACCGUGAAAAAGAAGCCCGUGAACGCGAGGCUCGUGAGAGAAGGGAGAAGGAGGCUGCUGCACGAAAUAGUCGACCUGCUUCACCGAACAAACACCAUCGUCAUCCGACCGCAAAGACAGCCACUGACGACGCCUCUUCAUACUCUUACCGACCCUACGAUCGACAGGGGCACAAACCUGCAUCCGCUUCAUCGAUAUACUCUGAAUCUUCAUAUGCUCCUUCGCAAUCAACUGGUAAAACAACGCCGCCGCCCUCACAACGAGGGCCCUAUCAGAGUAAAGACCCGGAUAAGAUAGUGAUCAAAGGUGUCUACUCCUUCAACAAUGCUUUCAUGAAGACCCCGGUAUCCAAAUUAGUCUCCGGCAUGGGUAUGGUGACAGAUGGUCUGGUUUUGCGCAUUACCACAGAAGGCUUGUUCAUAGACGAUGACGUUCGAGGUGUGCCUCAAAGAGAGUGGGACGUCAAAGCGUGGACUUUGAAACUGGUCGAGGUAUGGUGUCCCCAUCUGUUCACCUUGGGAGCAUGUUCUGGCUCCGAUGAUUUGUCCCGCAAGAACGAGUGGACGGAGCAGGGUAAGAAAUGGGUGUGCAAAGCGCCCAAUAGCUCCCACUCGGAAGCCUUGCUCAACGCACUCGAGUCUACUUGCAAAUCUCGUUUGUCCAAAUUGAGCACUAGGUCUAACGGUAGUCUGGCGUCACAGAGCGGUGAAUUCAAGGGCCUACAUGUCCUCAGAGCGAGCAUACGAGAUGUCGAGGGCAAGCGCUACGUCUUCAUCCUUGGCGAAGAAGAGGGUUGGAAGGUUGCGGUCGGAUUACAGAGACUUCGCCGGGGAACUCAAGUGCGAGCUUUGGGAGUCAGUGGAAUGCCAAUGAACGAGACCAAGGCAAUUUUGGAGAACAUGGGGUUUAUAUGA